GCCCAAGAGGCCCAAAGCCCAACAAUGUCUCCUCUCAAGUGUAUAGCUGCUCUUCUUUAAAGGUGUGAGCUUUUUUUCCCUUGCUCGUGAGAGAGUGCUUUGGGGUCUCAUCUCAUGUAAGCACGUUUGAGCAGAAACCUUUCAUCAGAAUCAGAAAUGGGUCGUGGUAGGGAGAGAUGGAUCAAACACUACAGUAGCGCACAAGAGAUAUUGCUGGUUGGUGAAGGAGACUUUUCAUUCUCUGCUUGUUUAGCUCGAGCAUUUGGCUCUGCUCGCAACAUGGUAGCAACUUCUCUCGAAUCUCAAGGUUCUUUAAGGGCCAAACAUAGGAGCUGUUUAUCACACUUGAGUGGCUUGAAGAGGAGAGAGUGCUUGGUGUUGCAUGAUGUUGAUGUGUAUGAGAUUGACCUCCAUCCCGCUCUGCAAUGGAGGAAAUUUGAUGUCAUCAUCUUCAACUUUCCUCAUGCAGGCCAUUUCCCCUGGCUACGUGAAAGAAACCCUCAGCUCAUUCAAAUGCACAAGAACUUGUUGAAAGCCUUCUUCGAAAAUGCCCGUGGGAUGCUGAGGGAAGGCGGGGAAGUUCAAGUUGCAACCAGAGAUGACUACCCAUAUAACAGAUGCCCGUGGGAUGCAGAGGAAGCAGGCCUGGUUUUGAUGGAGAAAGUGUGGUUCAAAAAAUGGGACUACCCUGGGUACCAGAACAAGAGAGGGGGCGACAUCAAGAGCAACAAAACGUUUCGUCUCAGAAAUUGUUUCACCUUCAAAUUUGCACUGCAACAAUAUGAGUAUGACUGUACUUGUGAUGAAAUGUCUGUUUGCAGCGAUGACCAUUAUAUGAUUAUGUGAUGUGUUUGGUAGUAGUAGUGUCCUUUUUGUUGUGCGGAAGCGGAUUGCAUAGGGUGGACAAUACGGAACCGUUGAAACAACAAGACAAAUAUGAAAAUAGCAAAAUCCAAGAGACACAAGGAUUUAUACUAGUUC